AUGCUACGAUUAUUGGAUCCAAAUGAGUCAAAACCAUGGCAAAACUGUGUAAUUUGCAGUGAUAAGAUAUUUUUCAGAACGCCGAAAGAGUUCAGUAGUCAUUUGAGACAAGUGCAUUGUACGAAAGAGGGAGGAUCGUUCGUUUGUCGUUAUGGAAGGAAUGGCGUUUGCCCUUCUCUACCUGUGGAGGGUGUUAGCGAUAAGGAUUACGAAGCACAUGUGAAGAAAAAUCACAUCAAGCUGGAAGAGAGUAAGUGUAAACUGUAAAAACCUAUUUCUAGUAUAAACAAUGAGUUUGACUGCUCCCCAGGGGUAGGGGCGGGGGGUGAAUGUUAGCUCAGAGAAGGCCAAGCUCUUGGGAAGUGGCACUGGAGUGGCUGGGGGUGUGAGGAUGACCAACAUCGAUUUUCUCCUGACAAUAUCUUUACAUGUGCAUGAUCAAGGAUAACUGUCAUGAGAAUGAUUAAUUAAAUGGGAAAUGGCUUAGCCUUACCAAUAUCCCUAAUGCACAUGUGUUAUUUUAUAGCAAAAUCAGAAGGUAAGGCUUCUGCUGGAGAUGACACACUUUAUCCAAGACCACGGUUGCCUCCGAUUUCUUUUCCUAAUGCAUCCUCGUUCACUGUUUAUUCAUCUACCCAAAACCUCCCUGCAAUCCUUAAUGAUCCUCGGCUACUUAAACGCCAGACAGACUUCUUCACUAAGACAUGGGGAGAGGAUUUUGUACCGCAAGAAGUUCCAUCACUCACACUGCUUCCUAACAUUCCAAAGAUUUACUUUGACGACUACUUGAAGAAAAUUGAGUUUGUGAGUUGUUUUAUUUACUUCAUUUUUACUAUAUAAACAUAUCACAUAACUGUCCUUAUAAGAGUAAUCAGUAAUCACAAAACUGUUCAGGAUAAUAUACUUUUAAACAAAAAAAGUUCCCAAGAUUAAUUUUCAGGGAUCUGUGUUGACAAAAAGACUACAAAUACUUCAGAUUACAUACUGUAACCCUUGCACUCCCAAAAAUGGCCAAAUGCAAAGUUCACCAAAAUGUACAAAUUAUAAUUUCUAAAAUGCUGAAAAACAAAAUCAUACGAUGAAAAAGUACUGAAGUAUGCUUAAGUAAAAGUGGAAUCUCAGAACAUGUAGUGAGAACUACAUGUACAUGUAUGUACAUUGUAUUCAUUUCUGUGUAUCUGCUCAUUUUUCAGAGGCUGAAAGUUCACAACAAACUCAGAAAGCAGUCUAUUGGCGGUAGCUCAACAGCUGUGCCAGGUGACACUGGAUUUACAGCAGCUGCUAUUGCCGCUGCCAAAAGACAAAGUAGUGGUUAGUGCUCUUAGAAUUUUCAUCACCCCUAUCCAUUUAAAAGUUACAAGUACAACAUUAAUUUUGGGGUAGCUUCUUACCCCUAUAAAUUCUGUUCAUAACUCGACUCUUGGAUUGUUAGUCAACCACAUUUCCUCAAUGGCAGUGUUAUCAUUUUUCCUGUAAUUUGUUGAAACAAUUUUGCAAUGCAAAAGUAAAAAGUAAAAUUGCCCUUUCAAUCUUUAACCCAAGUGGGGCUUGAACUGCCACAUUAGAUACCACUCUUUCAACGUCUGUCAAGACCAUUAUUAUAACCUUGCUCCCUUUUUCUGACUGACUUUUGCACAGUUAUUAGGAUAAUCACAACCAAGGAUUUUAUCUUGAUAAGUGCUUUUUCUCUUUAUGAUAAUUUCAUUAGUAUUAUUUUUUGAAGUCACUCUAUCAGUUGGCUUAUUUUUUUUCUAUCUUUACUUCGCAGUUGACAAAGUUGCAUCUGAUGUGAACUUAAUACCAAAGGUAGGUUGUGUGAUUACCAUUCUCUGACAUUUUAUGGGCCUCCUUGCCGACUUACGUAAGCUUCUGCGAUACAUAUAUUUUUUGUUUUGGUUAAGUGUAUUUUGUAGGUCAAAUGAAAUUCAGGUUGAAAUACCGCAAAAUUCCGAAAAUAAGCCCCAGGGCUUAUAUUUUUCAAAGGCCCUUUUGGAGGGGCCUAUAAUAUUUGGAGGGGCUUGUCUACAGAGGGAAAUUUGCGUUUCAAAAUCGAUUGGGCUAGCCUUAUAGUUGCAAGGAAAUUUACCGUUUUUGCUUUGUUUUACUCUGUAUUUGAGGGCAAUUUCCAAGGCAAGUACAAGCGCCCCGGGGAACAUAUAUUUGGAGGGGCGGUUUAACGGAGGGUUUUUUGCGUUACGAGUUUGCAGGGCUUAUAUUUGGAGGGGCUUAUUUUCAGAAUUUUACGGUACAUGUAGUUUCAAUCUAGGUUGAAUCUCAAUUUCCCUGGUAUCCUACCCUAAUUAUUCAUGAAUUAGGGCUGAAUUAGGGACAUUUAGGUUCAACCUACAAAGCCAAAAUUUAAAAUGAAGCCCAAUUUCUUAUCCUUAUGGGAUUACUGUGCUGUGGAUUAGAUGACUCUGUUUUUGGCUGAACCCUCACAAUAUGUACUAUUUUGCAACUGCGCAAAUAUCCUUUUUGAAUUUUGUUUCAGGAACAGUGCAAUGCCUGUAGACCAUGAUUACCAGUAUGAAUCGUAGAUUGCAGUUUCUCUAAAUUUAUAGUUAGACUGAAAAUAUUACCGGUAUUAUUUUGUGCUUGUUCAGGUUUUUAUGCAGAGCAAUUUUGCACUUGAGGAUCCUGAGAUUUUUAACCAUGUCCUUCCCUGGAACAUGGUAACACAGGAAACGAAAGGAGGAAUGAGGGAAGCACCCAGAAAUUCAGCUAAACUUCUUCAGGAAAAGGUAUGAAUUAUGAAUCUGUGUAUGUCUCUUUCUCAUGAGCCAGGGGUGGGAAAAAUGUCAAUUAAAGCUUAAUAGAAGACAGUGCGGUCAAUUUAGUUGUGAGAGUAAAAUAAUAAUAUGCAAUGUAUGAUCUCAAUGUUGACAGAUUAUAAAAUUAUGAAACUCAGUUAUCAUUCCUGUCUGUCAUACAUUGAUAUAGUAAUUCCUGAUAAGCUGUAUCAUUUGGAGGGGCCUUACCCUUUUUUUUCCUUGGGCUGAGUUGGUUAAGAUUGACUGUAAACAGAGGGCUCACACCUGCCUUGAUCAACCCUCAAUUAACUCCAAUAAUUUGUUCAGUAUGCCAGGGGCCAUUGUUAAUGAGACUGUUUAAUUUGCAUCUUCCCUCUGCAGCUGUCACAUUACCUUGAUAUCACCGAAGUAAACCUUGCACAUCAAAUCUCACUCAGAUCAGAAGACUUUUUCAGUGCCAUGGCAUCACAAGAUCAGCUUCAAGAUCACGUGGGCCAGACAAUCAGUGAGAUUAAACACCUGAGGUGACUACAGCAACAUGCUCGUCAACUCUUCUUUAGUUUUUUAUGCUGAACCACCACCUGGUUAGCUCAUUUGGGGGAGUGCCGGUCUGCUGAGUGGCAGGUCAUGGGUUCAAACCCCAGCCAGAUCAACACUGAGGGUCUUUAAAUAACUAAGAAGAAAGUGCUGCCCUUGUAAUAACAUCAGCAAACAGUUAGACUUUCUCGUCUACCCGAAUAAGGAUGAGAAACCGUAGGUCCCAUCUCACAGCACUUUCACUUAUCUGGUUCUUGUGGGAUGUAAAAGAACUUGCACCACUGUUUGAAAAGAGUAGGCGAUGUAGACCGCUGAGGUGUGGCUAACCUUUCCUGGGUUAGGUUGGUUAUCUGUAGUGAGCCAAUUCCUAUCCCUUGGCCACUCUUUCACUGUCAGUUGAGAAACAGUGUUGCCUAUCAUCAAGGCCCUGUGUUUUUUUUAAGUGUCACAGGCUACCUUGUAUUAUAUCUAUUGAAGUUUUUCCCGUUGAAAUGCCCAAGGCAUAAGUUAAGCAGCUACAAUGUAGCUGAGACUCCAAGGCAGUUUUAACCCUUUAAGCCUCCAAUAUCCACAGACAAACUCUCCAGGGUGAUCUCUAUACAUUUCUAACAAAACUAGUUGUGAGAACUUGAUAAAAGAUCAAAGCAUUUCCCCUUUGGUGAUCAUGUUAUCAAUUCUUCUUACCUGUUCUCUUGACUUAGUAUUGAUAUUUUUAGGAGAAAAUUGAUUUUGGUCACCCCUUAGAGUUAAAGAAUAAGAGCAUAGCUCUUACAUGUAUAAUCAUGAUUUCUUUAUGUGCUGCUAACUAAUAAUAAAAAAUAUUGUUAUUUAGAACCAAGGUUCAAAAGGUACAAGAAGUUUUGUGUUCUGGGUUCUUGGAUGUUCUUAGGCUAUCGUCAUUACGGUCAAGAUAUUACAGUGUGUAUGAAAAGGUAAGUCUGAAAAAUAAUGUGAGUAAGCUGUAUACCAUAGUUGCAGUUCAUUUUGAAGUACUUGCAGUGAUGUUAAUUAUUGUUUUUUUAGCUCAAGCUGAUGGCCACAGUUCAUCAAACACAGCCUACAAUUCAGCUGUUGUUAACAACGUCAGACUUUGUUGGUGCAUUAGAUCUGAUCAGCACCACUCAGGAAGUCUUGCAUCAAGAACUGGCCGGAAUUCAGAGUUUCAGGUAGGGUGACUGCAUCCUGUUCUCUUGUGCUUAGAAUGCAAACCAUGUAAAUAAACCUUGACAUAUAUUUAAUUUUUGUCGAUUUCUAUCUUAAAUUUCUUUAUUUUACACAAAAUUGUAACCUGGGCCCAGUUGGGAGUUUUUAGCAAAUGAUGGUUUUUAGAAGCCUUAGAAAAUAGCUGAAAUUAAAUUAAUUUUCAUAGUACCACCACUUGUUUGCCUACAAAAUGGUCUUCUGUAUUCUUUUUAAUAAUCAACCUUCGUCGAUCAUCUGAACAGUAGCCUAAUUUCUGGCCAAAAUUUACUUACUCGAAAUACUGUUCUCCAUACAUUUCUUAUGACAACUGUGAAAAAAUCAUGUAACAUGUCAUUUUAUUCAUUGUCGUCAAUUAGGGACAAUUUAAACUACAGUACUAAAAGUAAGAUUUCUGUUUGGUGUGAGGGCUAGGGUGAACUUGUACCUGAAGUUUGUCGUUAAAUGCUUCGUUUUCUUGUAGGCAUUUAGGCUCGCAAUUAGCUGAACUUGAGCGUGUCAUUGAGAAAAUGAUGGAGGCAGAUUUUGUGGAGUUUGCUACAGCUAAUCUGAACAGAGUAGCGGAGGAUGAGCUGGGGAAUGAAGACCUUGUUGAUGAGGCAUGUUCAAACUUGUUUCUUUAAACUGUAAUAGCAAAGCAAGCAAAGCAAAUUAGGGAGCAUUAAAAAUAACCUCCUGCAUGGAGAUGGAAAGCAAAAAAUAUAAGAAAAAAAGCCAGAGAAUUUCUCACAACUGCUUUGUAUAGUAAUAGUAAUAAAAAAAACUGUUGUAUUUACCUUCUCUUAACAGGAUAGACUUAUGUCAGUCUUGUUUGGUCUUCUUCGGAAACACAAGUUUCACUUUCUCCAACCAUAUCGUGAUGAGGUGUAUUCCACAAUUAAAAGCACUAUAAGACAGGUUUGUCAAUGCAAUUUUUCUUAACUGUCAAAGUACCUGUGAUGAAGUUUGAUGACACAUUUUGGAACUUUCUUCAUCAAGUGAAGGUCAAAAACAAGUGGAUCACAACAUAGAAAAAGAGUGUCGUUAAACCACCGUCUUGGGUCAAUAAUGUACUUUUUUGUAAUUCUGAUACUAGAUACUCAUUCCAGUCAUGAAAAAUUUAACACUUUGCAUCGUUCUAAAAGAGAGGAGUUUUUACUUAGGGGUAGCCCAUUAAUAUUUCUUUUACUUAAAAUUUUUGAAAGAUGACUAAUAAAUUUUGGAAAAAAUAUACUUACAGGGUUGACAGUGGGCCCAUAACUCCCUUUGAAUUCUAUAAUAGAUAUUGGGUGGUUAAAGUAGAAUUGGAAUAACAAAAUUUCUUCACUAUCGGCCACCACAUUGAUUUUAUCCUUUUGAAACAGACAGUUCAAGAUGUUGUGAAAGAGAAUCACGAAAAUGAAGAAGAAAGGUAUUUACUAAGGCCAUUGCAAUAUAAUUUGUAUUUAAUAGAUUUGUUCUACGUACUCUUUUGCUCAUUGCUUAUUACUGGCUUAUUAUUUAUAGUCAAAGUCUUGCUGAAGUUGUGAGGAGCUUGGAUUUUCUCCAGUGGAUGGUCAUGUUAGAAAAAGUGUUCAGUACAUCACUGAAUGUGCUAAGGAGAAUGCAGGUACAUAGUUACAGUCAAACCAUGUUAAAAUGGAUACUGAGGGGGUCUUAGAAAGUGUUCAUGUAAACAGGGUGUCCUUAUUAAGCAGGUUAAAUUUAGAGAAAAAGUAAGGGCUUUCCUUCCCUGAGGACAAAGCAAACUGUCCGUAAUAAUGAGUUGUCCAUUCUAAGCAGGUAUCUAAGUAGGGUUUGACUGUACAGUCAACUCUCUCUCUUAACGGACACCUCUAUAAGACGGACACCUCUGUAAAAUGGACACCUAGAUUUGGUCCCUGCCUUUCUCUACUCCCUUUAUUUGACUCUCUAUAAAACGGAACACCUCUCUAAGAUGGACCCUUAGUGCCGGUCCCAAAGGUGUCCGACUUAGAGAGAGUUGACUGUAUUAGUUUAUAGAUCACUGGUUUACAUGUAAGGGAUGAAUUGUGAAUGAGAUAAGAUUUGACUUGCCUAGAAGUUUACAUACUUUUCCUUCCCCAAUAAAAAGACAUCUACUGUUUCUGAUACUAUUCCUCACGUUAUCCUUUAUGUACCCAAAAAAUCAUUUAUAUUUAGACAUAACUGAAAAUAGUACGGUAAAACUGACUUUAUUAUGUCAACAUACUAUAAGAAUGUACAUGUAAAAAGGCAGUCAUAUUUUUCCCCAGUUUUAAUAUCAAGGUUUUGUAUAAGAGGUUAAACCAUUGCUGUGGCAACCAUCACAACCAUGCACAUUGGUUUACAUAUAUUACAAAAGUCUUGAAUAGCUAGAUGUAGGUUCCAAAAAUACUGAAAAUCAUCUGAUUCAUCACCCAUUGGUUACUAACAACCAUUGGCUUGUAUCCAGGUAUUACAUGAGAGCAUGGUUCGUGUCUUAGUGAUGGCAGCGGGCGGAUCCAAGUUGCGUUCACACUCUGACCCUGUUGAUUUAGAAAGCGUGGAUAUGCUUGAAUCUGAAGCCAGCUCGUAUAAACCAGUCUGGUGAGGAAAUUAACGAUAUCUUUUUGUCCAUCCCUCAGUGCGUAGUACCUUUCAUUAAUUCAACCCAUAUGUCAUUUUAUUUCAACAACAUGAUCCAUGAUAUAGUAUAGAAAUUAUUGCAAUAAAUAUGAAUCACAGGUGCAGUAGUAUGCUUUCCUUGUCUUUAGAUGUAGCCCUAACAUCUCCGUGCUGCAAUUUUUUAAUAACUUUGACCAAGUCAAACUGCCUUCUCCCUUGAGAUGCUAGCACACAUGCAUCACUCGAUCGACUAAUUCUGUAGAUUGUGCCUGCAAAGAAGCUAGUCGAGUCUGGCGCAGUUUAAGUCUUUCAAUGUUCUAAGCCCAACACUUCUCUUUCCCUCCCAAGUUCCUUAGUCUGUUUUUAAAUUAAACAACAUGCUUGGCCUACAUCCAAUAGAGAGGAGAAUGUGACGUCACGUUACCAUGGUACCAAAAUGUUUGGAUCAAAACAAAGGGAGCUUGGGCAACAACGAAGGCAACGGCAACGAGGACGGCAAAAAAAGCAAUAAAUUUAUCGUAGUAAAACAACAACUUUGCACGUGCAUCACUCUUUUUCGCACAUUUUUUAGCUGUUGUUGCACGACUGCGACAUGCGCCCACUUUACGGAGUAGGUGAACGCAACACAAAAAGUUUCUUUUUCUUUUUCUAAUCUCACAGAUGGCCCUUUCGGAUUCAAUCCAGAAAAUUUCUCCAACAUUUGACAAAUUAAAUGAAAUUGAAAAAGAUCGAUGAAGUUUGAAACAGUGCGAAUUUACUUUUAAGUGAAUUUUUGGUUUGUUGUCAUCCAAAAAUUUUGCUACCAUGGCAACGUGACGUAACUACUUCUCCUGUCCAUUGAUGGGUGGGGUGUGGCUGACAAUGACCAUUCAUCAUGUCAUUUCAGCAAUAACGUGGAUAUUUUAAUAUCUGCAAAUGACUGUCGUAAACUGACUCAGGAGAGCAAAGAACUGCUGUGCGCUGCAUGUGAAAUGGCACAGUUGCGAUGCGCUAAACUCAUCAAUGUCAGAGGAAAGGUGAGUGUUAUAGGGAAGUUUUGACCUUAGAGAGUUAAUAAAGUGUCGUGUCAAACUCAGUCAGCGAUGAAGACCGUAAAAAUGCCACAGUAUGUAAUGAAGGUGCCUUCUUUCAAACUUGAAUACAAGUAACCCAACUCAGUCUGUUCGUGGAUAAAUUUUCCCAGAGUUGUAUUGUUAGGCACAAAAGACAAAUUAAGUUAGACAUUGUCAUCAGGAAAGUUUGCGGCAGUCACAUAGAGGACGGCAAGUUGGUAAUGACCUCAUUGGCCCCUACAAAAUCUGCGAGGAUUCCACAUUUUUGCACCAACAUUUGUUCAAUCAAUGGCGGAAGUCUCGUACAAUCUCACCCCUUCUUGUAUUAGUAGUGUUUUCUUUUAUGUCAAACAAAAUGAAAUAAUAAUUUUAAAAAAAUUUGGUAAUAAAAUAAGAAGAGAAAUGUGUGUAUUAUGAGUACGAGAUUGUACUUAUUUCUUCUCAAACAGGGAACAGUGUUCACCAGGCGGUAUUUUAUCUCUGGUUUUGUUAGUACAUGGCACUUUUGUUUUGUAUCACAAGCUUUAAUAAGGAUUAGGUAAACCCUGUUCGUGGCUGGUACCUAACGGCCGCGAAUGAAAAUCAAAAAUUGACCAAUCAGAAAGGUUACUCUUAGUAAGAACGCUUACAGCUGAGGCUUGGUAGCCAACUUAUUUUUUUUGUCAGUGUUAUUAAAUAAAACACCUCACGUGGUCACUAUCGGGUAUGAAGAGCAUUAGUUAUCCAGUUAUCUGAUUGGUUAAUUCACAUCACGUGGUACCAAACUGAACAUGGGCUUCCCUGGUGGGAGUUUCUAACCUUUCUUUUCGUAGCCUGCGUUGCAUGAGGAUGUGUCGGAAGCACUACUGAGCGGCGAAGCCGCAAAAACGCGCGCAAACGAGCGUAUUGCUUUGCGCGCUGAACCAAAACCGCCAUUCUACGCAGGCUGUUCUUUUCGUAGAUGGCAGCCGUAACAGUGUGUGCUACGUUGUAUUGCAGGCUGGGUAUCUUGACAGCUUAUCGUCCUCUGAGUUCGUCAGGUUGACUCGAAUGGUGGAGGAUUUUGUAAUGGAUUGUGAGAGGAUAUGCGGCAGACAAAGCCAUAGCCUCAGAGCCACACUGCUCACGCAAGCCAAGAAAUUUGUGGAAAGAUUCCACGAAGAACGCAGGAAUAAACUGAGGUACAAAGAGGGGUUGUUGAAUGUUUUAUAGGGUGAUGUGGUCUACUCAGCUCGGGUGAUGUGAUACCCUGGCUUACCAUCCGGUGGAAAUUACAUGACAUCUUCUUUGAAAUGUUUACUUUAACAAGCCGAAGUAGGCAAGUCUGGCUUCGUAAGAGUUGAUGGUCACAGUGAUGAUGAUGAUGAUGAUGAUGAUGAUGAUGAUGAUAAUGAUGAUGAUUAUGAUAAUGAUGAUAAUAAUAAUGAUUAUAAUUAUGAUUAGGAUGAUAAUGGCUUAGUAAGACUGAAGUUGUGUGAGCUGCUUGCAGUCCAUGAUGGCCAGAAAAGGAUGUUGACUUUGUUUUGUUUUACUCUCAGUUUGAUAUUAGAUAAUGAAAGAUGGAAGCAAGCAGAUGUUCCUUCCGAAUUACAGUCUCUUGUGGAUUCUCUAGUCGAUGGUAAGCAGUACAUGAACCUGCGUUUCUCUCAAAUAUACAUGAAUAGUUUUUCACCUAUUUGCUUCUUGGAACAUUAAUUGUAGUUUCUGUUUCCUUUAGGUAUAUACCCACGAGGAAAAGAACCCAAGUUUUCGAUAGGUGAAUAUGAGCUGUCGAUAGAAUACUUCAAUGAGUAACGUUGACCCUUGUAGUCCCAAGGGUGACCAAUAUUAAUUUUCUCGUAGGAAUAUUAAUACAUCAUCGAGAGAAAAGGUUAUGAGAAUUUCAUAAGGAAACUGGUCAGACCUUUCAUCGAGUUCUCUUUGAAUAAGUGACCUAUUGUGGUGACGUCAUAAUCUCAUUCAGAACCUUGUAAUGUUUUUUAGGUCCUACCGUGCCUGGUGAACAAAAACCGUCACCAAAUUUAGUUGUAAAUGGACAGAGAUUUGCUGUUGUUGGGUGAGUUUAGAGAGCUGAACGAUUUGAAUAAUGGAUUUUCUUUUUCAGCCUGUGACGUCCACCGUUUUUGUUUGUUUGUUUUGCAGGACGGUUUUAUUACUUGUCAACAUGUUAGUGGAGUACUGUCAGUGUGUAGAUGAUACGCCAAUGUUGGUCACAGACAUCAUGAAUAAACUCUUUGAGACUCUUAAGGUAACAGUUUUCUGCGUUUCUUUCUUUGUUUCACUUUGCUCUAAUCAAAGCUUUUAAUGGUUACAAGAACGCAUCAGCGGGAAGAAUCAGAGACGACACACUACUGCAGAAAUCACAAAAUGUGAAAACAGGAAGAAUUUCUUAUAAAACUCUUGAAAAUGAAAAGCACAAGGGAUAGUAACAAUACUUGCGAGGCUUGACGUGAUUAUACACACGCGCGUUAUGGCAUGACAAAUAAAACACUUAUGAUUAGAACGGCGAUCGAAAUGCCGAAAAAUGGUCAAAACGUAGGCGCUUAUUACUGUUGUCGUCUAAAACCCCAAUAUCCACUUGAAGCUGAAAUUCUCAAUACACGCUUUAUUAUGCCCCCGUAUUUCUUGUAGAUGUUCAACUCAAGAACGUGCCAGCUGGUUUUGGGAGCUGGCGCUCUUCAGCUUGUAGGACUCAAGACAAUUACCGCCAAGCAUCUAGGUAUUUAUCAAAAGAAGUAACGCUUUGUAGAGAUUGUAGUUGGUGCCUUUGUUUAGACCUGCGCAAACAGUCCAUGAUGUUUAUGUUUACAUGCAUGUCCCUGACGUUGCUAUGUUCUUUUUGUCCAUUUCACAGCUCUUGCUUCCCGAUGUUUAGAGGUUGUCACAAUUCAUAUCCCUGUAUUCAAAGCACAUUUUGAACAGAGACUUCCACCUAAACAAUACGUGCUGUUAUCACAGUUUGACCAGAUUCUUAAGGUGAUACAAGCAAAGCAAUUCUUUUUGCGUGAGUGUGUGACACUUAGUAUAGUGGGGCAACGAAUUUAGCCUUUUUCGCAAAAAAGCCAUAAAUAUGCAUACGUUACUAAAUAUUAAUACGUGUCGAAAUCAGUUUUAAGGUAGAUGGAAAGGAAAAAAGUAGUUGACCUGAAACUUGGGCCUUGGUCCUUGAAGAAAUAAAUUUUUACUUUUGACUCAUAAGUUGACUCAUAAUUUUUGUUUGUUUUGUUACUCUACAGGAUUAUAACAAUCACCGUCAGGAACUGUUUGGUAAAAUUGUGAAUCUUAUGGAGGAACUGUUCAAAAAUAUUUUCUCAAAGGUACAUCAAACCCUAAUCUUGCAUGGACUCUCCUUGGACAGUUUUCUUUUUCCUUUUUGGCGCUAGAGUUCACAUUGCAAAUCACAAGUCUGAAGUUUAGAGCUUUUUGUAUGGAAUGUCUAGUGUGAUUUGUCGCCGCGAUAUCGAGAAAUUUUAAAAGUGUUCAGAACUUGAUCUAACUUGGCUAUUAUUUUGUACAAACUCCGGCAAACCCUCACCUGUUUCACGAGGGUCGUGUUGAAAACAUGAGUUCAUGUUUCGCCAAUCGUGCUAUGGAGAGCGUGACACAAAUCGCAGAAAUGCCUCCAGAGAGGCGUGUACUUUAUGGCAAUUUAGCUGAAUGAGGUACAGGUGUGCAGACAUUAAAAAUACGAGUAGAACACUCACCAGGUAAGGCCCUAGGCUAACAAGGAUAACUCGGCCAAAGUUAGCCAGCCACUGAUGUUUGCCGCACAUUUUUAUUGUAAAUUCGUUCUCCUCUGACUUUUUUGUGUUUAUUUACGUUUCAUCUUUAUCAGUGGGAAGUUAAAGCUCCUAUGCCGUCUCAAGCCAUGCGCAGCGCUGUCAAGCAAAUCACAAAACUUCACGAAUCUUUAUCGUCUGUUCUACCUGAAACUCAUGUUGAGGUAAGUUUCUAAACAUAACCCCGAGUAUCCAGCUGUAGAUUUGUCUUAUUUUAAUUCAAGUUAUUUAAUUCAAGUUAUUGCGGUAGAACCAGCAUUCCUUUCGCCUCCUCUCGUUUGUUUCAUUGUAACCUAAGUGUAGCCGCACCCUACCCCCGACAAAAAACUCUCUCUCUCCGUUUUUCCGCUGUCGGGGGGAGGGUGCGGCUACACUUAAGCUAGUUUCAUUGCAUUUGUGCCGUUUACAUUCAAAACUCCAUUGUGUGUUAGGACAACCAGAUUUGCGCUGUAAAUAGCUCGUGCAUAUUUACGUCCACCAGCAAGUCUCAUUUUGAAAUUGUAAAUUUGCAAAGUUUUCCUUCGGUAAAUUUCCGAGGCUGGCGGGUGGAGUGAAAAGAAUACCUAUACAAAGAGAUCGCUAAUGCGAAGAAUUCUCUUCACAAACGGGGCUUGGUGGUGAAAUUUACUGCUUACAUUGCACUAACCGUUCUUACUGCCUGAAAAGUAUUUUUGAUCAUUAUUGUUUUCAAGUCAAUAUUCCGAGAUGUCAAAAGAGCGUUUAAAACGAGUCUGGCGCAUAAACUGGACAGGUUAGGAGUUAGCAACGAUGGUGGCCCACAGCAUGGGUAAGUAUUCGCGUUCGUCAGAACGCAUCCUAAUCUUGGUGUUCCUGUGUGGUACAUAGCCACAAAUUUUCGAGGUGUCGCGGGCGACUGCCGAUUGGCCGCCCCUACUGAUUUUAUCAGGGACAUCUCGGCUGGAAACAGGACUCCUUUCUACUCAAGUGACGAACGCGAAUCCUUAAUCAGUGACAACCUCUAGUCAUUAAAGAUAAGAAAUAAUUCACCAAACGGCAUAGGGUAUCCCUUCGAUUCGUGCGAAUGACAUUUAGAUCUCUACGUAACUGUCACGAAGUGUCUCAUGGUACGGUUCCGAGGGAAAAACGUCAGCGCUCCAUACUGACUGCAAUGAAUUGUUUGACAGUUUGGACAAACGAAACAGAAAGCUGUGAACUGAGUGACUAAAUGUGUUUCGUAUUUCAGGCUCGUCACGUCUGAUCUUGCAUUCUUCAAGGAAAGUUUAAAGAAUCUCAUUGGAUUGGGAGACAUUGGUAAAAGCCUUGACGACUUGUGGAGGAAUGUUAAUGACCUCAAAAUGAACAGGGGUUCACCGUCCACAGGGCGAAAAAAUCUCUUGCAAAGAUAA